GUCGGCGAUGACGGAAGUGGAGAUGAUGGGAUUUUGGAUUAUCUUGUUUGGGACACUCCGGCCGUUGUCAAUCUUGACGAUUUGAUAGUAGCUCCCAAUAAUUCUAACCCUAAUUUUCAGGCCAUGGGUGUUCCUCCUCUUCCCAAGAAUAGGAAUGCUGCUUGUGGACAACACAAAGAAGAAAUACUUUCUCAGCUUCGCAAAAUGUCUAAUCUGGAACCUGAUCUCUCUGCCGACCAAGAGGAACCUGAGCCUGGUGGAGGCUGUCAGAGUAUGGAAAAUGAACUAAACCGUCUGUUUGGAGAGACUGAUUCCAGAUUUGAACAGAACAUGGAGGCUGCAUUAAUGCCUUACUCAGAAGUAAAGUCAAGUGGCUUUAAUUGGUGUGAUGACGUUGACGAUUUCGCCCCAUUACAUGGAUUCAAUGAGAACAACUCGUCACUUCCCAAUAAAGAUUCAGGUGAAGCAAAUAAUCAUAACGAAGGGGAAUCAAACCAUUCUAGCUAUAUUGAAACCUUUCCUAAAUUUGUUCCUCGUGAGGUAAAUAUCCGGGAUAGGGAAAGUGCAAUUUCUCGGUACAAGGAAAAGAAGAAGACAAGGAAAUAUGAGAAGCAGAUAAGAUAUGAGUCUAGAAAAGCUCGGGCGGAGAGUAGGAUAAGAAUUAAAGGGCGUUUUGCCAAGAUGGGAUCUAGAGAUACUGGUGGUACACAACAAUGAUUGAUCUAUUCAAAGACUCUUAUCAGUCAAAGAAUUUAACUGCAAGUAGAGCAAAGGAGCUUGGCUAUAUAGCUCACUGAUAAUGUGAAUGCAAGCUAGAAGUACUCCAGCCUCCAGGUCAUUAGAGCAUGUAUAUAUGUGUGACAUAACCUGGUGCUAAAACCAGAAAAUGAAUGUGUAUCAGUGUAUGAAGCAUUCAUUUUAUUUAUGUAAAAUUUUAGUGCUGGGGCCUGGGGGUUGUUGUGUGCUAUGUGCAUGUAUGCCGUUUAUUGUAGCUUCCAGGUAGAUUGCAACGAGUUUUGUUGUACAAAGCAUGUCAUUAUUGUCGUUGGUGUUAAGCUUAUGCUUGGUCUUUUGUUAAGAAGAGAAUUUGUAUGGUUAAGAUUUAUUUACAAAGUGAAGAGGUUUUCAACCCGUGGGCCGUCGAGUAACAACAUCUAAUGAAGUCAAGUUAUUUUGAGCUUGUAAAGCAAAUUUUUUGAAAAGUCAUAUAUUAU